GUGGUGCUUUUCGCGGCCUUUGGAUCUCUCUUUACUGGUUACUCCCUUGCGGUCUUUGCUUUCACCAUAGGACAGCCGGCCUUCUAUUCCUCGCUCAAUCUCGAGCAAGACCCUACGGCUCCCGGGUACAGCCACACCAAUGAUAUCCUUGGCGCUGCAAAUGGCGUAUUUUUCGGCGCUGGCUUCUUUGGCUGCUUUCUGGCGGGGUGGGCUGGAAACCGCUUUGGACGAGUGAAUGGCUUUCGUAUGGCUGCCAUAACUGGAAUGAUAGGGGGUAUACUCCAGUGCGGAUCGCAGUCACCAGCAAUGUUCCUAGUUUCGAGAGCGGUAGCUGGUUUGGCAGCAGGCCACACCAUGGCCGCUAUGCCAACUUAUUUCACCGAAGUAGCUCCCCCCCAUUCUCGAGGUCUGAUCACCGGUGCGCACGCAAUGUUCAUUAAUGUUGGGUAUUGUCUUGCGGGAUGGAUAGGAUUUGGAUGCUAUUUUACCCCUGAGUCAGAGUUUACUUGGCGCUUCCCCUUCGCUUUAAUAAUCAUAUGGGGCGCUUGCCUUCUUGCAGGGUCCUUCUAUGUACCGGAAAGCCCAAGAUUCUUGGUGCAACAUGAUAGCCAUCAGAAAGCCCUCGACAUUCUAGUUCGGCUUCAUCAUGAUCCCAGCGAUCCGAAUGAUACUUUUGCUCACCAGGAACUACAAAUGAUCGAAGAAAGAUGUCGAGUGGAAAAGGAAAUUAUCAGAACUGACGGGAGAUGGCGACUCUUCACCCAGAAGGCCAAUCGUAAAAGACUUAUACUUGCAUGCAUGGUGAUGGUGGGGGGCCAGAAUAUUGGACCUCUAGUCAUCAACAACUACAAUGUCUUGCUCUAUAGCUCACUUGGCCUGGGGGCCACCAAGUCUCUACUUUUGUCCGCAGUUUAUAAUACCGUAGGCCUGGUUAUGGCUUUGGUGGGUGGCUUGAUUUCGGAUCGUCUUGGUCGAAGGAAGGCCAUGGUCACUGGCUAUGUGUUAGUGACCUGUGUUUUUGCAACCCUGACUGGAAUGAUUGCGAAAUACAACAUGUCACCAUCAAAGGGUUGGGCUGCUGCUGCUACGACCAUGAUCUAUGUCUAUGUAACUUGCUACAAUUCGUUCAUUGACCUAAACCAGUUCACUAUUGCAACUGAAAUAUUUCCAACCCAUAUUAGAAAUCAGGCAUCAGCGGUGGCUAUCAGCGGCCUGUUCCUGUCGGAUAUCCUUUGGCUGAACCUCCUACCCACUGCUACGGCGACAAUCGGCUGGAAGUAUUACUUGGUCUUUGUCUGUUUGGCUGUUGUACACACUAUAUACUUAAUCUUCUGUCUUCCAGAGACGGGAGGCUGGCACCUGGAGGAGAUGGAUCAUGCGAUGGCUGGUGGUACUGGUGGUACUGUCCUGUCUCAAAGUGGAAAAGCUGAUAAGAGCGGGGAGAUCGAGCCUGAUUUGCAUCAAGUCGAGUUUGUCGAAACUAAGGAGUAA